GAGCGGCCGGCCACCAACUGACGACCAACCGCGGACCAAGACGAGCAGCAAGCUCUCUUGGUGUGCUCACCUCUGCUUCGUCCGAGAUCCCCUCCUCCUAUCUCAGCCCAGCGCCGUCUCUUCCAUCCCGUCCAUACCUCCCCCGGACCCGCUCCGGUUCCCAUCACGAGCAGCUGGUCUAUCAAUGGCGGAGGAGACCGAGAAGCCGCUCUUCUCUCCGUCAGAUGUCUCGCUCCACGCAUCCACCAAGGACUGCUGGGUCGUCAUCCACGGCAAGGUGUACGAUGUGACCAAGUUCUUGGAGGACCACCCCGGGGGAGAGGAUGUCCUGCUCCAUGCAUCUGCCUCCGGGGAUGCCACCGAGGCUUUUGAAGAUGUGGGCCACAGCACAUCAGCCAUCAGCAUGAUGAGCAGCUACCUGAUUGGAAGCAUCAAGGACUAUGUGCCUCCCAGUGCAUCGAAUGGCACAACAGUUGGUGGCAGUGAUGUGCUGCCAGAUUCCAGAACAAUGCAAAGGAACAAAGGCUCUCCUGCUCCAAACGCAUUUCUGGACUUCGUGCUCCCUUUAUGUAUGCUUGUCCUGGCCUUUGCAGCUUGGUACUACCUAACCUUCGUGGCCGAGAGCUAGUAAAUUCAGAGAAGAUUCAUGUCGUUGCACAUUUUUACGUUACUAGUGUUGCUGCCGCGAUACAUUUAAGGAGCGUAAACUUGGUCGUUGACUCAUUUGUUCUUGAUGGAGGUUUCUUGAUGUAGCUUGAAAGAACUAGGCAUAUUUCACGCCUACAUAUUGCACAUUUGCUGGCCUGCCUGUAACACAAACCAUGACAGUAACACUGAGAUGUAUGAAUGGGGCAUUUUCCUUCA